CUGUUUAGUAUUUUACUAACCAAGUCUAUCAUCCCAUAUAAGUUAAAAAUGUAAGUGCCGGUGCAUCCUCUACUAUAUUAUAUCGUGCUGUAUCAGUAUCAUAUUUGUAGUUAAUCAUUUCUUUAAUUUUAACCAUUUUAAGGCUGCGCGGCUGCGGCUAUAUAUAGUUUGCAACCAAUAAUAGCUUCUCUAGGGAGCUAUUUCAAAGUUGUAGUUAACUACCAAUGACCAAUGAAACGCCAACAAUGAAAUGGCCAAUAAUACUUUAAUAGUAAGCUUCUUCCAGAGAGUAGAGAGCUAUUAAAUUACUAUUAGCACUAUUGCCAAUGGCAGUUGAUUUUGACAAUUGAUGUGAGGCUAUUAUUGGUACUAUUGGACAUGAUACUCUACUAAUUAUAAUAGCUUCUAUUACUAGGUGGCUAUUAGUAGUAUUAGUACUAUUAGUAUUACUAGGCACUGAAUACAAAAUUUAAAAAAAUUGAAAUAAUUUGUUUAAUAACACAGUAAGUUAGAGCAAAUUUCAAAUAAAAAAAUGAAACCAGAAUCAAUUUUUAGCUUAAGUACUUUUUGAGCUAUGAAUUUUUAAAGUGUGAGUUCGUUUGGUAUUUUUUACUAUGGACCAUGGACGAAACCUCCACAUCUUGUGACCUCAUUCCGCUGAUCGCGUCUUGCGCAAUGACUAUAUACUUUAUAUAAGGCAACGCAUCGCCUUAUCACUAAAAUAAUGUUUAGGGUCGACUUAGUUUAAACUUUCAACUUAGGCACAUGAAUAAUUAAUUAAAGCUUUCCCUGAACAAUGGUAUAUUAGUUUUUGCACACGGCAAACUCUUAUGAAUGAAACUCUGAGGUAGUACUACGAUACAACAAUUAUGCAAGUGGCUGUGAAUGGUUGCCAAUGACAACGUGUUGCACACGGUAAAUUCUGAUAAUUUAUAAUAUGGACUCUACCGGGUUGUUAAAGCUCAAAUUAAAACAUUCCAGUUUAAAUGUCUUCAAAAUGCAUUCUGAAAUACAAGUUAUCAAAUAUUUUGAUGUAAAUAGUGGUCAUAAAUUAAUAUUUCCUAAGUAUCGGCAACUUCCGCCAUUAAAAAGGGGGCGUGGCCCACCCCAUGGCAAAAUUAGGUUGUGCGAACGCGUAGAAACAUGGCGUCUAUAGUAAGACACUUAUCGCUGUGAAAAUUGGCAUACGUGUAGAUCAAUACAUUCCCCAGAUGCAAAAAAAAUUUGGUAGUGACAAAUCUUUUACUUCGACUUAAUUUUAAUGAUGAAAGUUGCGUUAGAUUUACCAAGGAUUUUCUCAAAGCUGACUGAUUGUAAAUGAAAAAGAAAUUGAUUAAAAUGUAGGUCAAGAUGCCUAACUAAUUAUAAGGUCAAAAACGGAACUCAAAUAUAUAUCGAAAGUACUAAUUUAAUAAUAAAUAGACACACACAUCGGAAAAUGAAAAACUCGGAUUUUUCGGCGCCGAUUUCUAUUUCCGAUACACAAAAAGUAGUAGUCUCCCUUGUUUCAUCGAAGUAUCUAGUAUUAGUAGUUUUCUAAAAAAAAAACAACUUUUAAUUGGUGAUAGAUUGAUGAAUUGCAGUAUUUUAAAAAUUAAUUACAAAUAAUUACAUCACUGAAAUCACUCUUAUUCUUAAGUAGGAAGUAGGUAUGUGAAAUUCCAAAUUGUUGCAUCAGCAAUAAAAUAGUGUGCUGGCGUCAAGACUUAGACUUAGACAGGUUGUGGUGCACUUAAAAUUGUAUUUCUUGUGUCUAGUCUUAUAAUUUUGCUUCAAAUCUGAUUUUCAAGACAUAUCACCCGGAAAUAACAAAAAAACAGGUAUCGUAAUUUCUUUGUCAAAAUGGCGCCCUCCAUUUUUUAAUUUACUGGGGGCAUCAUUGUUUCGUCUUUUAUAAUCGAUUUUUAGCAUAAUAAUAAAUUCCAAAUCCGCCACUAACUUAAAGCCGACAUCUUGCUUGUUGGAUUGAGAGUUUGAUUUUUUUUUCAAGGUUAAAGCUUUUAAAAUUGAAGUUAAAAAUAGGUAAACUUCACUCAUCAAUAAUUUUUUUUUAAAAUGCGCUCCAUAAUAAAAAUGAUCCCCACCUUUAGUUUAUAGGUUCAUUUACAACAUAUCCAAUGGGUAGGCUUCAAAAACGAAAGUCCCAGAUUUCAUUUUUUUUAGGCUAUGUAAUUUGUCAUCAUGGCCACAAUGCUUGUCUGCUUAUUGCCAAUUAUCGAUAGCAGCUGUGGGGUAUUUAAUAAUUAAUUAAUUUGGUUAUCCAGAAUGUAAAUGGGAAAUAUAACUAAUAAUAAAUCAUUGUAUAUAAAUAAAAAAUGUUUUAUAACAUAUAAUUAUAAUUAUUAUUAUUGGCUUAUAAUAUAUCAGUGGUUUUAAUUUUUGGGUUGGUUGCCAUGGACAUGGCUGACAUUGACAUGGGAUUGAUAAGCACUUGUCUUUGACUUAGAUUGGCUUAGUAAAAGUAUUACAACAGUAAUUAUACUAUACUAUUAUAAAUGAUUUAAGGAGAGGGAUAAAUAGCAUUUAUUACUAGGGGUGUGCCGGAAUCCGGUUCCGCCAGAUUUUGCACUAUCCGGUGAAAUCCGGUUCCGCCGGAUUUACAUGUAUCCGGAACAACCGGAUUCCGAAAUCCGGAAUAUACCGGAUUUCGGAAUUUGCCAGAUUUUGUGACUCACCGGAUCAUAAUCUGAAAUAAAAGUAAUUCUUUUUCCCGAAUUCCACACGAUCACGAUACAUUAAUCGAUUGUUUCGAGCGUUGAGCUUGUUUAAUGUUUAAUAUUCCGUACAUACCAGAGGCUAGAGUCAGCACCGCUAAUAGUGGCCAAUAGUGUAGGGACUUUGAUAAGAAAAUUUAAACUUUUUGUAAAAAUAAACCAAUGGCAUAGUUGAAAAGAUGUAAUUUUUUAAAGAAUUAUAACACCAAAAUCAUAUUUUUAGCUGUUGUAGUUUUAAAGUUAUGAAUUUUUAAAGUACGACUUGGUUUGUCAUUUUUUAACAUGGACUGCAUCUCCACAUUCUGUGAUCUCAUUCCGCCAAUCCCGUCAUGCGCAAUGACUAUAUAGUUUAUAUAAGGCAACGCAUUCCCUGCCUUAUCACUAAAAUACUGUUUAGACUUAGUUUAAACUUUCAACUUUGGCACAUGAAUAAUUAAUUAAAGCUUUCCCUGACCAAUGGUUUAAUAGUUUUUGCACACGGCAAACUCUUAUGAAUGAAACUCUGAGGUAGUACUACGAUACAGUUAUACAAGUGGCUGUGAAUGGUUGCCAAUGACAACGUGUUGCACACGGUAAAUUCUGAUCAUUUAUAAUAAUAUGGAUUCUACCUGGUUGUUAAAGCUCAAAUUAAAACAUUCCAGUUUAAAUGUCUUUAAAUGCAUUCUGAAACACAAGUUAUCAAUUAUUUUGAUGUAAAUAGUGAUAAUAUUAGGGGUGUGCCGGAUCCGUUUUUUCCAACCGGAUCCGGAUUUUCUUAUGCGAAAUCCGCCGGAUCCGGAUACCGGUUUCUCCCGGAUUCCGGAUUUUGGUACUAUUGGUAGAUACUUCGGUAAGUCAAGGUGGACUACUACUUUUUGUGUAUGGGAAUUCGCAAUCGGCGCCAAAAAAUCCGAGUUUUUAAUUUUCCGAUGUGUGUGUCUAUUUAUUAUUAAAUUAGUACUUUCGAUAUAUAUUUGAGUUCCGUUCCAUUUGGAUAAGUGUCUUACGAGAGACGCCAUGUUUCUACGCGUUCGCAGCAGGUCAUGCAGCUCGCUCAACCUAAUUUCGCCAUGGGGUUGGCCACGCCCCCCUUUUUAAUGGCGGAAGUUGACGAUACUUAGGAAAUAUUAAUUUAUUAUCACUAUUUACAUCAAAAUAAUUGAUAACUUGUGUUUCAGAAUGCAUUUAAAGACAUUUAAACUGGAAUGUUUUAAUUUGAGCUUUAACAACCCGGUAGAAUCCAUAUUAUAAAUGAUCAGAAUUUACCGUGUGCAACACGUUGUCAUUGGCAACCAUUCACAGCCACUUGCAUAACUGUAUCGUAGUACUACCUCAGAGUUUCAUUCAUAAGAGUUUGCCGUGUGCAAAAACUAUUAAACCAUUGGUCAGGGAAAGCUUUAAUUAAUUAUUCAUGUGCCAAAGUUGAAAGUUUAAACUAAGUCUAAACAGUAUUUUAGUGAUAAGGCAGGGAAUGCGUUGCCUUAUAUAAACUAUAUAGUCAUUGCGCAUGACGGGAUUGGUGGAAUGAGAUCACAGAAUGUGGAGAUGCAGUCCAUGUUAAAAAAUGACAAACCAAGUCGUACUUUAAAAAUUCAUAACUUUAAAACUACAACAGCUAAAAAUAUGAUUUUGGUGUUAUAAUUCUUUAAAAAAUUACAUCUUUUCAACUAUGCCAUUGGUUUAUUUUUACAAAAAGUUUACAUUUUCUUAUCAAAGUCCCUACACUAUUGGCCACUAUUAGCGGUGCUGACUCUAGCCUCUGGUAUGUACGGAAUAUUAAACAUUAAACAAGCUCAACGCUCGAAACAAUCGAUUAAUGUAUCGUGAUCGUGUGAAAUUCGGGAAAGAGAAUUACUUUUAUUUCAGAUUAUGAUCCGGUGAGUCACAAAAUCUGGCAAAUUCCGAAAUCCGGAUUAUUCCGGAUUCCGGAAUCCGGUUGUUCCGGAUACAUGUAAAUCCGGCGGAACCGGAUUUCACCGGAUAGUGCAAAAUCCGGCGGAACCGGAUUCCGGACCGGGGUCCGGCACACCCCUAGAUAAUAUAUUAAUAUUUCCUAAGUAUCGUCAACUUCCGCCAUUAAAAAGGGUGGCGUGGCCAACCCCAUGGCGAAAUUAGGUUGAGCGAGCUGCAUGACCUGCUGCGAACGCGUAGAAACAUGGCGUCUCUCGUAAGACACUUAUCCAAAUGGAACGGAACUCAAAUAUAUAUCGAAAGUACUAAUUUAAUAAUAAAUAGACACACACAUCGGAAAAUUAAAAACUCAGAUUUUUUGGCGCCGAUUGCGAAUUCCCAUACACAAAAAGUAGUAGUCCACCUUGACUUACCGAAGUAUCUACCAAUAGUGCCGGAAUCCGGGAGAAACCGGAAUCCGGAUUAUUCCGGAAUCCAGAUCCGGCGGAUUUCGCAUAAGAAAAUCCGGAUCCGGUUGGAAAAAACGGAUCCAGCACACCCCUAUUUAUUACAUUUAUAUAUUUAUUUAUUUAUAUAGAUAAAUAUUUAUUUGUAUAUAUAAUGUCCAUAAGUGGCCUAGUAUAGACAUAGUAUAAUACAAAAGUAUACUAUAUUAGGGUUUAGGCCAAGACCCAACCAAACUUAUUUGUAGGGCCUAUUAUAAUAAAUUAUAUGUAGUUAAUGUAAUGAUAUUUUAGUAUAUUUAAUUAUAUUUUAAUGAAUAUUGUGAUUCUUAAGGCAUAAACUAAGUAAAAAUUUUAAAAAUAUUCACUUACCUUUGGUAUUGAAAUAUCCUAUAUUUAAUCACAUAUCACAAUAUUCCACAAGAGAAUUAUUAUAUAAUCCUCAGUUUCUCAAAGAAGAAAAAAAAACACUUUCCGGCACAAUAAUCCAAGAAUUAAGAAUUACUUAAAAUAUUACUAAAGAAAAGAACAAUCAUAAAAACGUGUACUUACCUCAAGCAAAUGACUAGAACUUAUUUAUUUUCUAUUAACAGCUAAAGUUGAUUCUAAUAAUACAUGUUGAUUUGUAAAACAAGAUUACAAACUUAAAAUAAAUGACAUACUGAUUGUUUUGUCAUAUUCAUAUAGGAAUAAUAUAUAAUAUACAUAUGUAGAAAAUGGUAAAAUAAAAGUGCAAUCAUAAAUUUUAAAUAAAUGAAUCAAAUAAUCCUGUAUUAUUUGUUUAUGCUUAUAAAUGAUAAAGAAUUCCACAGAAAAAUUGAAAUUAAUAUUUUAAGAAUAUUAUUAUCAUUAUUAUUAUUUUGGGAAAAUGUAAAAAAAUAUAUUUAAACAAAAUUAAUUAAUUAAUUACAAAUAAGUGAAGAGUCAGCAUAUUUAUAAUUUUUUUUUUAAAUAGGACAUUUUUUUUUAUAAAUUUAAUUUUUGCAACACAUUACAAAAACAAACUUAUAUUUUGUGGCUUUAUUUAGAAGUACUCUUAUUUAACUAUGUUCCCUGUAAAUAUUAUAUUUUUGUCUCAUUGUAUAGUAAAGUUAUAGGCGUUAAAAAAAAAAGCAAAAUGAGGAUCGCAAAAUGUGGAGGAAAAUACCAUAGUCAUAGUGAAAAAGUGGUUUUGAAGUCCCUACUAAAAAAUUCAUAACUUUUGAACCACUUGAGCUAGAAAGUUGAUCUUGGGGUUUUUGUAACAUAUUCUUCACGCUUUAUACAGCUGUAGUAUUUUUAUAUUUUUAAAAAUGUUUUGAAAUUUUCAUCAAAGUGCCUAACACUUAUUUAAUAUUUUUCUUUUUAUAUAGGCUAUUUCAUUUUUAUGUAUCGCAAAUUAUGUUUUCAUCAUAUUCUAUGCUGUUAAAAACAUUGAUUCUGCAUAGCAUUAAAAGUAAAUAGUGAUUCAUAGAUGUUAAAUUAAUUUGUGUUAUAGAUAAACAAUAGUAACCCAAUUGACCAUUAAUACUCAGAAGACAUAUCUCCCUCUAGAAAAUCAAUAGGGUUGGGGGGGUGCAGGGCAGGCUCAAGGCAGGUACGAUGUGUGAUCAUCAGGCGAAAUUGAAUUUGAAGUUUUCCACAAUGCGUUUUCGUUCCGUUUUAAAAUUGAUUUUCACCUCAAACGCAAUCAUGAAUAUCGAAAUGAAAAUUGAAAAUUUCAAGAGUGUAAUGUUUACAUUUUAUUUUUGACAGAAUAAUUUCACUUAAAUUUGGUAUUGUUUUUGAAAGUGUUCAGAGUUAUUUUAAUUCUUUUGCAACAUUAAAAGCCAGAAAAGUAGCUUUUUCAAAAUAGACAAUUUGUUGCAUUAAUUCUACCAAUUCUGCCAUUUUUGUAUUGAAUCUGAGUAAAAAAUUUGUUAGAAUCAAAACAAAAAAAAAUUUCUAAACUUUUCCCAUAAUUAGUUUCAUUUAACUAAAGUAACAAGAUUUUUUUUAAAGAUACACUAAACCUUUAUGGUAAUUAUAUACAUAUUUAGGCCUAUAUUUUAAUCAUAAUAAUUAGCACACACAAAAUGUUUACAAUAAAUUUAUUUCUCAGCCUUUGGUAGAUUUGUUUUCAGAUGUGCACAUGUUAAUCUACUUUGGAAAAAAAGAAGCUGGGUAUAAUUUUUCAGACUCUGAUCCCCUAUCCCCCAGUACCAUACAUCUAUCUAUAUUAGGUCUAUAUUAUAAAUUAUAAUAAUGUAGCAAUAUAGACUGACAGCAUUUUGAAACUCUUCUUAAGCCUAGAUGGCAUUUUCCAAAUCUUUGAAAGCAUCAAAAUAGCAAUUUAAAGCUAAAAUUCUUUCAGGGUUCAUUAUCAGUGCUGUCACUGGUACUACUUGGAACUAGUGAUAAAUGAGUGUCAUUGAAAGCGGGUUUUUUUAAAAAUUCCGGAUUUGAUUGGCUGGACUACCUAUAACUCUCCGGAAGCUAUUGGUAGCUUACGAAACUAAUAAUAGACACUUUCUUUUUUAAUGAUAAUCAUUAUAAAUGUUAAAUAUUCCAGUGUUUGCUAAUUUCUACAAAAAUGUCAACUGCGUACGUUCCACCUCAUCAGAAGCCACCCAAUCCACCACCUACCCAAGCAACAAUUCAAAAGGUAGGAAAGGUCAUUUAUUAAUAGAUUAGUUAAUAAGAAAUAGCAGGGUCUUGCGCUUUACCUGGCCAUCCUGCUAAAAUAAUUAGCCAUAUUUGAGACAUUACUUGGAUUAAUUUAUUUGAAUAAUAAUAUGCCUAGGCUUAGCUCUACCAGUAGCCUCAGUAUUAAGUAGGCCUAUCAUUUUAGAAAAUUCCUCCUCCCCCUAUCCAUUUCAAUAACAUUAUUAAGUAUUAAUGUUGAAAACUUUUUCAAAUUUAAAACUAGGACAUUGCAAUAAUUUUAAUCAAAUAAACAUGAUUUUUCUUUUAGAUGUUGGAUGAAAAUACACAACUUAUACAGACCAUCAGUGAUUAUCAGAUGAAAGGCAAAAGCACAGAAUGCAUACAGUAAGUAAAAAAAUAUAGCAGUAAGGGGGUUCUUAUUAAACAUCAGGUAAUAUUUAUCUACCUGUAAGUUUGUAAGCACACCAAUGUGAGCAUAGAAUGACUUUUUAAAAAAAUUUCUGGAAAAAAAAAAAAAAGAUUUUUAUCACAAAGGAGAGAAUAAAUAUUUAAGUGCAACAAGAGUAGCCAUUAGUUGGAUUCAAACACAGUGCAGUUUGCUUACAGGUUUUUCACUCCCAUUCCCAAGAUGCUCCUUAUCACACUAGUUUUUUUAACACAUCAUUUGAAGAAAUGUCAAACAUAAGUAACCUUUUUCUUUCUUUUCACAGAUACCAACAACUUCUUCAUCGAAAUCUGGUCUACCUGGCAAAUUUGGCAGAUUCAAGCACCAAUGUUCAUGCUUUGCUGCCUGUA